GCAAUCGUCAUACGCAAUGGCGAAAAGUUGAACGUCAGAGCGGAGGAACUCGUCAUCGGUGACGUCAUUGAGGUGAAGUUCGGUGAUAGGAUGCCCGCCGACAUGAGGGUCAUUUCCGCUCAUGGGUUCAAGGUGGACAAUUCUUCAUUGACUGGGGAAUCUGAGCCUCAAUCUAGGACAUCUGAG